CAUCUGCGUGCCAGGCACCUCCCCCUCCUCCCUCCGGCCUGUCAUGGGGGAGGCCGAGGAGCAGGUGCCCGAAACAGGUGCUGUAUUCACAUUUGGGAGAAGCAAAUUUGCAGAAAAUGUGCCUAGCAAGUUUUGGUUUAAAAAUGACAAGCCUUUGCAAGUAUCAUGUGGAGAUGAACAUACCUCUGUUGUAACAGAAAAUGGAAAACUUUACAUGUUUGGAAGCAACAACUGGGGACAACUAGGAUUUGGAACAAAGAACACUGUAAACAAGCCAACUUGUGUAAAAGCUUUAAAACCAGAAAAAGUAAAACUAGCUGCCUGUGGGAGAAAUCAUACUGUGAUUUAUACAGAACAAGGGAAUGUGUAUGCUGCUGGAGGUAACAGUGAAGGGCAGUUGGGAUUAGGUGACACAGAGGAAAGAAGCAAGUUUCAUCUAGUUAGUUUUUUUACCAACCAGCACAAGAUCAUACAGCUGGCAGCUGGAUCCUACACAUCGGCAGCAUUAACUGAGGGUGGACAGCUUUUUAUGUGGGGAGACAAUUCUGAAGGACAGAUUGGCUUGGCCAAUGAAGCUAAUGCAUUUGUGCCUCAUCAAGUGGAUGUUGGAAAACCUAUUUCCUGGAUCUCUUGUGGAUAUUACCACUCUGCCUUAAUAACACGUGAAGGGGAGCUUUAUACCUUUGGGGAGCCCGAGAAUGGAAAGCUUGGUUUGUCCCCUGAGAAGCUGCAGAACAACAAGAUUCCACAACUUGUUUCUGGCAUUUCUGGCAGAGUUAAUAAGGUUGCCUGUGGAGGAGGGCAUACAGUAGCACUUGCAGAAGGGAAAGUCUAUACUUUUGGUCUUGGCCAAUAUGGGCAGCUUGGACAUGGCACAUUUACUUUUGAAACCUUUGAACCAAAGGUUGUGGAUCAUUUGGGGAAGUAUAAAAUUUGUAAUAUUGCAAGUGGGGAAAAUCAUACAGCUGUAAUAACAGAGAAUGGUCUUAUGUACACCUUUGGAGAUGGACGGCAUGGCAAAUUAGGACUUGGGGAAGAAAAUUAUACAAAUCAAUUUGUACCUACAUUAUGUUCUAAUUUUUUAAAAUUCACUGUACAUUCGGUUGCCUGUGGUGGUUGUCACAUGCUAGUUUUUGCCACACCAAGGCCUAAAGAAUCAGGAACAAUACAAUUACCCCAAAAUGAAAACAGUUUGUCUGCUGCAGCCUCUGAAAUGGCUGGAGAUGCAUUAGUGAUCGAUACUUUUCAUCAAACGUUAUCAGCACGUUUGCGACGGAGAGAGAAAGAAAAAUCACCAGAAAAGUUCAACCGACUGGUACGAACACUUCCUCCACUGGGAGAAAGUUCCCCAAAACCUGUACCAUGUGUCAGCAGCAACACUCUUCCCCUUGAAAUACACAGAGCCAAAAGUCCAGAUCCUGAUGCAGCUGAUGGAAAGAAAGACACUGAAUCUGCUUUGGAUGAUGAAACAGGAGAUAAGAAAGAGGAGAAUGUUGAAGAGGAGAGUUCAACAGAGGAUGAUUCAGAUGAACACGAGGGCAAAACUCUUGGGGACACCACAGAUGUCUUGAAUAUGACUCAUGUGAUGAGAUUGAAUCCCAAUGACCAAUCUUUAGAACUGGUACCAGUUCAAAAACAAAAGAAUCAGAAAUCAUCUGAUGAGGAAGAGAGUGAUAGUGAUGCUGCUGAAGAAGAAGACCAUGAAGAAAAAGAAUGCAUUGGCAAUGAAGACAGGAAAGAACAAGAUGAAGCAGAGCAUGUUGAUAAUCAAGCAACUGAAAAUAAGGAACAGAGCAAUAAAUCAUUUGAGAGUGAGGAAAAUAAUCUGACGGCUGUAGAAACAAUAGAGGAUCAAAAGUCAUCUAAUGAGGACGAGGAAGAGGUUGAGGACGAGGAGGAGGAAGAUGGCAUUGAUGAUUACUAUUGUGAAAAAAAGGAUACAGACAAACAGGAAGAAAAGGAUAAAGCAAAACAUGAUGAUCAAACUUCUGAGGAUGAGGGACACAGCAGAAAAUUAUGUGAGAAUGAGGAAAAGAAUCCUAUGACUACAGAAACAAUAGAGAAAGAAGAGGCUAUUCCAGAGGAUGACACAACUAAGCAAGAGAAUAAGAAGGCUGAAGUCCAUACUGCAAGCAAUUCUUCACAAGCCGUUACAGACACUCAUGACAGAUCAUCUGGACGACUCCUUGAGAAGGCAAAAAGGUUUUCUUUCUUUAAACGAAAAUCUUCAAAGCAGAAGAAUGCACCCAGCGGUGAUGAAAACAAACUUGAAAAGCUACCUCACAGUGAGAAAGAAACUGGAAAUCAAACAGGUAUAUCUGAGGAAAAGAGUAAAGAUGAAAACCAGAACCACACCAGCGAAAAUCAAAAUGAGCCACCACGAGGAAAUAGGGACAGAAAAGCAUCCUCUACUUGUGUAAUACUUUAAUAUUGAAAUAUAUGAUGCUUGUAUAUAUACAAUGCCACAGUUGGCAAUUUGCAAGCAAAUAUUGCAGUUUAUACUUGAAAACAAUAAUGGCAUAUAUGUAAUGAUUAUAAUGAUGGGGGUUGCAAAAUUAGCAUGUUUGGACUGAUUUAUUUCAAUUUGGGACCAACUUCCUAGUAUUUAUUUGUAUUUGUAACUCUAGUUAUUGCAAUAGCUAUGGCUAUCACAGUCUCACUGAAGUGUUGUGGCCUUAACUCUUAAGUGUUUUAAUAAAAAUAUAUUUUUAUACAUGAAAA